GGGAGGGAGAGGGAGGGAGAGAGGGGGAGAAGAGCGAGAGAGCGAGAGGAGGAGAGGGCAGGAGAGGAAAGAGUUUACUCGAGUCUGCUGGGGCCAGCGCUUCAGUUUACACAGCGCCUUCUUCAGCCUCACCAGCUGAGCGGUCAGCUGCGUGCUACAUACAAGCCUUCGCACACGCCGCUGUUGGGAGGCAUACAUAGAAUGGACAACAUGAGGCAAAGUAAAGAGGAUGAAAUCUGAAAGGAGCAAAGAAGAAGAGUAUGCCUGGUUCAAUUGUGGGUGGAGGGGGAGGUGGGGUGGAGGAACUCCCACAACCAAAAUCUGUAUACCACUUGCUAUACUGAAACAAUGACAUGCUGUAAUGCCCGUACGUAGGUACGGAGAGAAUGUGUUGUAGGAGAAUCCCGGAGCCGGAGGAGAAGCCAUACAUCUGGGAGGAGAGGAAGACGAGAAGUAGAGACAUUGCUUCCUCAUGGACGGAGUAGGUCGUGGGUCUGGGGGAGUCGGGGUGUGUGUUUGUGUGCGGAAAAU